UAAUUCGGAUUAUAAAUUUUUUGGAAAUUACUGCAAUGCACUUAUUUCAAAUAGCUGAGUCAAGAACCAUGACAGCAUCAAUUAUACUUAGCAACCCUGUAAAAAUUGCAAUUUGGUUUAUCAAACAGCUGAUAAUAUAAAAUGCACAUAAAUAAACUUCAGUAAACAAAUAUAUUUUAUAAUUUGGAAUUGAUAUGUGAAAAGAAUUUCUUAAUUUAGGUUGUGUUUUUAUAUUACCGGGGAGAUAAUUACUCCUAAUAUACUGUUAAUAAAGGAUGUUUUUUAAAGAGGUUAUGAAAUUAAAUUGAUUCAGUUUCUAAUACCUAUCUAAAUAAAGUGCAUUCGUUUAAAUUCUUUAAUAUGGAUAAGAUAUCCAAUUCAUGUCGUGCUUGUACAAAAGAAUUAAACUCACACAAAAAAUUAAAUAUAUUCGAAACACCGGAUAUCCUUAAGAAACUAGCCAUUUGUAUCUCAUUGGAAAUAUGCCCAGCAGACAAAUAUCCAAAAUUUCUAUGUGCAUAUUGUUAUGAGAAAGUUAACGAUUUCUAUCAGUUCCGAGAAAUGUGUAGGGAAUCAAUCCAACAUUUUGAAGAGGUUCUAAAGCCUAAGAAACCAUUGGUUUUUGAGAAUGAAAAACCCAUUUCAAUAUUGGAAGUGCAGGAGGAGAAUGUUACUCUUUUAGAUGAACAAACUUAUCUUGAAAAUAUUCCAGACAAAUAUGAGGAAGAUUUUGAGAGGAAAACUAAAGUAAAUCAUGACUUGGAAAAUACAGAAUACUUGCGUCAAGACAUGUCAACACCAAAUCAGCAUAGUCACGUUGAAGCUGACAGUGAUUCUGAUGUCGAUAGCCUCCAUAACAACUCAUUUCUUAAUGAAAACAAUGAAGCUGCAACCAAAUUAAAUCAUGAAACGAUGAAUAAAUCAAUAGUUUCGGAUACUUCAACGUGUACAAAGCAGUUGAAUGACAGCGAAACAAAGCCAACUUAUCGUUGUGAUAUCUGCACAUCACGUUUCUUCAUUGAGCACCGCCUCCUGGCGCACAAGCGUGAACAUGAAGGCCUUAUUCCGUAUCCGUGUACACAAGAGGGCUGCACUAAAGCAUUUAAUCGUUGGAACGCACUUGCCCGGCACCUUAGACAGCAUGAGGGACAUAGCUUUCAGUAUGCUUGCGACCAAGAGGGCUGUGACAAAGUGUAUAAGCACAAGCCAACAUUAGUGAUGCAUCAGCGUAAAUGUCAUAAAUUGGGCCCGGAGCUGAAGACGCACAUUUGUGAGAUUUGUGGCAAAGUAUUCAAAACGACGACAAUGCUGAACGACCAUCAUUACACGCACAAGGACAAAUCUGAACGUCCACACGCGUGCGAUCAGCCAAAUUGCAUGCGUCGAUUUUCCAAUAAAGAUAAACUGAAGGUGCAUCUUAUGCGACAUGCGGGUAUUAAAAACUAUGUGUGCCCACACUGUGGCAUGCGUAAGACCACAAUGAACGAGUUAAAGGUGCAUAUUAAUUAUCAUACACUGGAACGUACAUGGCCAUGUCGCUUUUGCACACACGUUUGCAAUAGCUCCGGCAAUCUGAAAACACAUAUACGCACUGUGCAUGAGCGUGCCAAAGAUUAUGCCUGCCGCUAUUGUGAACGCACCUUCGCCAAGCCGGACACGCGUAAAUACCAUGAAAUGACACACACGGGUGAGAAGCCAAAUGAAUGCCCUGAAUGUGGCAAGCGGUUUUUACAACCGGCAGCAUUGCGCACACAUCGAAAGAUUCAUCAGCGUGACAGUGUGCCUAGUACAAAAGUGAAAAAUAGUGUAAAGAAGAAACCGAAAGAAGAAAGUGUGCUCCAAGGUGUUGUAGAAAGUCCUGCAUGUUGAGCGAAGUGUUUUGUAAUAAUAUAGGAAACCAAGUUCUGUGAAGUUAGGUUACAUUAGGGAGUGAGUGAUAAGAACCAGUGCAAAAAAAUAAAAAUGAAUAAAGCAACAACAACACAUUUUUUUAUUAAAAGUUCA